AAAAAACCCAAAUUCAUUUCUCUUCUCACCACCGACUUUAAUUUCGCCGGAGAAAACUCCGGUAUGGUAUCUCCAGAAGAAGAUCCAAAUUGGAUCUUCGACUACGGCUUGAUCGACGACGUUCCUGUCCCCUCCCUCCAAGCAACCUUUAAUUGGCCUUCUCAUGAUUUCACUGCUUCCGCCGCCCUCGGACUCAUGUGUUUUCUUAUCAUUUUUCUCAGUGUGGAAUUUGAUGACUCACCUGUGAAUUUGGAUGAUGUGAAGGAAAAUCACUCCCGGAAAAGGAUGAGGUCUGGACUGUGCAGCGCAUCUGGCUCCAAAGCAUGUCGGGAGAAAGUACGGAGGGAUAGGCUGAAUGACAGGUUCCUAGAAUUGGGUUCUAUCCUGGAGCCUGGAAGACCCCCUAAAAUGGACAAGGCUGUUAUAUUAAGUGAUGCUCUUAGAAUGAUGACUCAGCUGCGUAGUGAAGGACAGAAGCUGAAGAAAUCAUGUGAGGAUCUGCAAGAGAAGAUCAAUGAAUUGAAGGCUGAGAAGAAUGAGCUUCGUGAUGAGAAGCAGAGGCUGAAGACAGAGAAAGAGAACAUUGUGCAGCAAAUAAAAGCUCUGAGUUCCCAAGCAGGCUUCCUGCCACACCCUUCUGCAAUCCCAGCUCCAUUUGCCGCUCCAGGCCAAGUUGUUGGCAGCAAGCUGAUGCCUUUCAUUGGCUACCCUGGAGUUUCCAUGUGGCAGUUCAUGCCACCUGCUGCCGUUGAUACUUCACAGGAUCAUGUUCUCCGGCCCCCAGUUGCUUAAAUUUGAAGGCGUUAACUGUGGAUCUUCCUUCCCUGUGCGUAUGGCAUGAUUCUAUGAUCUGGGUUUUCUUCUGGCUCUUGAAGACCCCAAGACUCAAUUAGGUGACUGACUGAUAUUGUUGGGAAAUUUAGUUCGGAUAUUGUUGCUAUUACCUGUAAUUUUUCAUUAGCCAAAUCUGGCAAUAUAUGUUCCCAAUUUUGUCUAGUCGAACUGUUGAUUUUUGUAACUGUUUUAGAACAAUGUUUACGUUCAUCGGAAUACAAAAAGAUCAGAAGACAUCCUUGAGAA